AUCAUCCGAAAACUCAUCUUCCAACGUUCGGUUCGUGAGAUUGCCCACGACUUCAAGUCCGACCUCCGAUUCCAAUCUUCCGCCAUCUGUGCUCUUCAAGAGUCCGUCGAAGCCUACUUGGUCAGCUUGUUCGAGGACAUCAACUUGUGCGCUAUG